UAUCAUCUUUCUUUGUGCUUAGCUAUCCCUGACUAGAAUGAUAGGUUUUCGCGAAUUUCUAGUGCAUUUUAAAGUGGUUUUUCUGAAAGUAAUUUUUCGUUUCGUGACUUUCUCUUUGAUGGUAGGACUCUCUAUAGGUACGCCCUACCUAUAGAGUAUUGAUAGAUAUGUUCAACUUCAAAAGUAAUAGAAACCUUGGUAUAUUAACAAGGAAUUCGUAAAAAUUAGCAAAUUUUUGUCUUUGUUUGUGGGAAAUGUGGUGUUUGUAUUAACAUACAAGAAGGUACAUAUAUAACUUAAACCUUCUUUAUUUUCCAGUGCUAGUAAUCAAUUCAAAUUGCGAUAUUUCCUUUUAAAAUGCAUAUUCCACCGGAUCUAGAAAUAGAAAUCAAUCAAUGAAUCCGUUCUGAAUAUUUAAUGGCAUCCAUCAUGGCGGGCCCACGGGACGCCAUCUUGUUCUCAACAUGGACCCUAACCAAAGCUUUCUGUUUUUCAGUUACCAGCGCCCUGAGCAGUUCGACAUGGAGAACGCCAGCACCGAAUUCUUUCAGGAGUUGAUGGACGAGAUCAUUCGUAUCACCGUCUUCGACUACAAGGCUCUUUGCGCCAAGAUGGCCAACGCUCCGAUUCCGGAGUCCGAGCGCGAGCUGGUGAACUACAUGCGCGCCAAGUACGCCAUGGAGUCGAAGCUGGUGGACGGGUACCUGAACAAGCUGCAGGAGACCAUGCGUGACACCCCGCCCGGGUACAUCCACGCUGCCAUCAAGCAGCGCGAGCGCGAGAUCCGGGAGAAGCUGCGGGCGGGUUAGCAGACCCCCGCGGGGUACGCGCCGCCCCCCGACGUACUGCAGCUCUGCAAUUUCGUCAUCAAAACCAUCCUUGUCAUCUUAAACAUAUGCGUUAUCAUUCUUUACUUGUCUAAAUUGGAUUUCAAAUAUUUCUUUGGAUAGACGGCCGGAGUGCCUUUAGGAAUGGAUCGUGAUCAUCUUUAUGUCUGGGCAAAGCGAAGGCAUUGCAUUACAAAUGUAAGACUUAGUGUGAUGGGUAAGACCCGGUUUAGGAAUUAGAAGAGUUUCAAAAACUUUAUUUUAGAUUAUUUUUUAUAUUAUGUACUCUUUACUAGAUUUCGGAACUUUUAUAUUUUACAAAAAUAUCAAGUUUAACUUUAAAUACGAGGUUUUUGACGUAGUUUCUCUUUUCUUGGAGACUUGCCGCUGCAUGUAUUAAAAAAAAUGGCGUUUUAGAAUACUAUUGUAUGUGUAUUUAACCCUCCCACUGUAUAGGGACACUACAGGGUUAACGAUAUUAUCGUAAGUCGACUGAUAUCAAAUACUCAAACAUGUUUGUAAUCAAUUUAUUGGACCCUCGCUCGGAGAUCAUCUGAGCGAUUUUGAAAUUAAAAUGUGUACUUCUUUGUGUCUAUUCAUGUUUCAUUAUACCCUUACUCCUAAACCUGUAACUCCUUUGUCCUCCCCGCGAAUUGGGUUUGAUUCCCAAGUACCUACACUUAUUCUGUUGGACAAACACCGAUACUCUAGGCCUUCAGUUUCCAAUCGUGUGUCUCCAUAAGUUUGAGACCGUAGUCGCUUGGAGACCGAAGUCGGGAUAUCGGAAAGUGCAUUGCAUCUGACCUAAAUUAAUUUAGACAAUGCCAUAAGUCCUUUUUUUCCUUAUUUCGUCUCAAAAUUCGUACGCAAUCAAUCAUCUUAGUAACUAGAAAAUUUGGCAUAAAAAUACCUACUGAUUUGAAUAUAACUUUUCUUCGUUCUUUCAUUAUUCAAACUCCUUGGAAUCCUAAAUGGCUUUUUAAAAUUCGUAAAAUAAUAAAUCAAAACUCGUUAUGUAACACAGCUGUAUACCUAUCUAUAAUAUAGUACAAACCGCCAUAUUUCAUGCUGGCUCAUAUGUCAAGGAAAGGUCAAACAAAGGUAGCGCAUGUGCAGUGCCUGCAUCUGCAAUGCGGACCGGGCCAUUAAAACUGCAAACGAUGUGUCUAUGCCUGGCUUUGAAUCUUGGUGAGAUUGGCUAGAUUAUUCCUAAAUGGUAAUUUUAGGGGGUUUGUAAAAAAAUCUCGAAAUUAAUUGCUUUUUAUGAUCCUGAUGCAAAGUGCAUUCGGAAAUGAAAACGGCCAUGUAGAUUUUCAAUCGUAGAUUUGAAAGUACGUAAGUAAGUUAAUUAGAUAACAAAUACGUUAUUUUAGAAUGUUCUAUAUGAGUAUUAAUAUUGCAAAUAUGCCCGGGAUCAUUAUAUUCCUUUACGACGAAUUCCUAACAUGUAUUUCUUCACAAUAAAGUCUUUUCAACUCAUUCAACAUCAAACUUUUCCUCGUAGGUGCUAUACAAACACACACACACACUUCUGCUUAUCCCUCUACAUAUCUUCUCGCUUUCAUUCAAACUCUUUUCAGAGAACUCUUUUCUAAAUUCUCGAGUGUGCUUAUUUCAGUAUAUUUGUUUGUGCAAUAAAGAAUAAAAAAUCUUUAUCUAUUACUCUCAAGUUUGAAUCCACGAAAGCGGUCUUAAUUCUAAAUCGUUAACACUAAAUCAAACUUAUUGAGACGUACCUAUCUAUGUAUGUGUAGUUAAUUCAAUUCAACGUUACGCGCGCCGCCAUGCGCGGCACCCCUUGUAAACAAACAGUGACGCUGUAUGCUAAUUCAGCUUUCAUUCAUGACGCACAAAUUAAGCUUCCGGAUACAUUCUUACAAUCGCACGUGACAGCGUCGCGCGCACUAGUAAGUAGAACUAUUUAUGACAACCUUCUGAAUUUAUAAGUAAGUUUUAACGUUACAAAAACAGACAGAACAACAUAAUAUUUGUUUUUAUCAAAUCCUUUGUCUUGACUACAAAAACAACAACAUAAACAAAUGAAAUACAAUAUUUACGUAAGUAUAUAGAAAGAACGUAAUUUUUGCACAAAAAGUUGUUUCGUGAAUGAAAGGAGAUCACAAAAACAGCCCUCGCCGAUCCCACGGUAGUCACACACCCCUUUCCAUUAAAAGAAAUAGGCAUUUGUAUGCGUAAAUUACAGAAUAACAAAUUUAUAAAUUGAAAUCUUUCAAAAGUACCGCCAAAACCCACUAUUAUUCACCCAUAGACUAAAACUAUGAUAGUUGAAUAAUUACCUUGGUUCCGAGUCUAGUAUUUUCUGAAAAAAGCUAGCACAUCCGGCGCUACAUCGAUUCCUCGUCCAGCCCGGCCGCCGGCCGGGCUGGACGUGUUUUCUGACCUCUUAUUAUCCAUCUACCUCUAGUGUUUUGCAAUACUUAGUUAGUAAUAUUUAGCAAUAAUUGGCAACCGUGUGAAGUGUUAAGAAGGAAGUAGACCGUAUCGGACAUAAGCGCUCGGACUACUUGGCAAUGGCACCAUCUUUCUCUGUCUCUUCGGAAACAUAUGCAAGAUACCGCCGCCUGGAAAGUUGAUGUAAAGUCAUCGCAGCAGUGACGCAUCAAGCCUGUCGCUAUUUCUGCAUGAAAGCUGUUGGCAACGGUCGUUGAUGGUAACCCAUCAUAUAAGUGCUGAUGCCGGGACUUCAUAUGAAACCGCUGGUCGUUUAACAUCUUGAAAAUGAGGCAUCAAGGGACAACUACCUCUAAUAUUGUCACAUUUUGUCUUAGUAAUAACCCCAUUUAGAAUUAAGAUUAGUUUUAAACGCGGACAGACGCUUAACCAGAGUACCUGCCCGAGUACCUUAGACAUAAGUAACAAUAGCAAUACAAAUUAACCUCAAAAUAGUAAUAAUUAGUUAUAAUACAUAUAUACAUAUAUAUAUACAUCUAUAUACAUACAUACUACAGCAAUAAUUUACAGUUAACAUGUCACUAUCGCUCAAAACACAACAAGUGCAGCUUCCCGCGCAAAUAAUUAAGACAAUAGUUUAGUAAAAACAUCGUACAAAUAAACGUAUUAUUAUUCAGUAAUUUUAAUUAAGUGCAAUAAUAAGGUUAAGAAUUAAUUAGUAAUAUUCCAAACACAAACUAACAGUAACAGAUUUUGUGCAGUAAUGCGAAUUCGCAUAUAUAUUCACGUAGGCAAUAGGAUUAGGCAAUAAGAUAGUUUGCACACUUUCCAUCAUAUUUAGCAGCACGUCAUCUUCUAGUAUUUUUGAUCUCCCUUCUGUAUACCUUCGCACUCCUUUCCAAACAUUUCCUUUCCUAAAUCUUCACUCUGAUAUAUUCCGAGCACGCCUUAUAAUAGUACCUCAUCUUCUAUACAAACGCAAAAAAAAAAAUAUUAUUUACAUUGAAUGUUUUAGGCUAGUUUAUUCAUAAUACGCAAUAAAAACAAGAGAGAAAACAAACUCAGUAUAAUUUUAAUCAAUGUUGUGUAGUAGUGUGUCUUAGUAUCUUUUUGUUUCCAUUUAAAUGUUAUUCAAAUCCAUUAUAAGAAUCGUAGAAUCAUGUAACCGAGAACUAGAUGUUGUGUCAUAAAAAAAAUAAAAUCCAA